GGCUCUGGUUCUCCUCUCCCAGCCCCCCUCUUGCUAUUUGGGGGUCUCUCUCCUGCUUUUUUCCACCCUAGUCUUCUCUCGGGUUGGCCUGGGAGGGGGUGUGUCUGCCCGGCUCGGUUCGGACGGCGGCUUGGGGACCGGGUGUGAGAUUCUUCUGGGGAAUUGUGCGACGUGGGAUGGAGAGCUGGGGCGUAGGCCUGCUUUUAGACAUGCCAUACUGUUAUGGAAACUUCGUUGAUAACCUAAGACUCUUCACCAGGGGAGGAAGUGGUGGAAUGGGUUACCCUCGCUUAGGUGGAGAAGGUGGAAAAGGUGGUGACGUCUGGGUGGUAGCCCAUAAAAAAAUGACUUUAAAACAACUUAAAGACAAAUAUCCUCAGAAACGGUUUGUGGCUGGAGAAGGAGCAAACAGUCGUGUUAGUGCACUGAAAGGCUCCAAAGGAAAAGAUUGUGAAAUUCCUGCACCUGUGGGUAUUUCAGUAACUGAUGAAAAUGGUAAAAUUAUAGGAGAACUCAAUAAAGAACAAGACAGAAUUUUGGUAGCUGAAGGAGGUCUUGGUGGUAAAUUCCUUACAAAUUUCUUACCAUUGAAAGGCCAGAGACGAAUAAUUCACCUUGAUCUAAAACUUAUAGCUGAUGUAGGUCUAGUGGGAUUCCCAAAUGCUGGAAAAUCCUCUUUGCUAAGUAAAAUUUCUCAUGCAAAACCUGCAGUUGCAGAUUAUGCAUUUACAACAUUACAGCCUGAACUUGGAAAGAUCAUGUAUAAAGAUUUCAAACAGAUAUUGGUAGCUGAUCUUCCUGGUUUAAUAGAAGGAGCACACGUGAACAAAGGAAUGGGCCACAAAUUCCUCAAGCAUGUAGAAAGAACUAAACAACUGCUUUUUGUUGUUGAUGUUUCUGGAUUUCAACUUUCUUCUCGAACUCCAUACAGAACUGCCUUUGAAACUGUAUUACUGCUUACAAAAGAGUUGGAGUUGUAUGAUGAGGAAGUUCGAGCAAAACCUGCACUCCUGGCGGUAAAUAAAAUGGACUUGCCAGAUGCCCAAAAUAAAUUCCAUGAACUGAUGAACCAACUCCAGAAUCCUAAAGAUUUUCUGCAUUUAUUUCAAAGUAAGAUGAUUCCAGAGAGGACAAUGGAGUUCGAACAUAUCAUCCCCAUCUCUGCAGUUACGGGAGAAGGAAUUGAUGAAUUAAAGAACUGUAUAAGGAAAUCUCUGGAUGAACAUGCAGACCGGGAAAAUGAUGCAUAUCAUAAGAAACAGUUCCUUAAUUUACAGAUUUCUAAUACAGUAUCUCAUAGUGAGCCACUCUCAAGGAAUGCUGUUACUAGUUCCAGAAUGGAUACAAUUUAAAUCCAUUAAAAAUGAACAUGAAGUUGUGUUCGUUUGAAAACUUUUCCAUAGAGUAUUAUGUAUUCCACAGUUAUUAUGAACCUUCUGAUAUAUGCGCCAUCAUUUGGGAACCAUAUCUUUAUAAGUUGUUUAUAGUUAAGUGUAUUAAUAGCAAAAAAAAAAAAAGAAAAGUGAAAGCUGAAAAUGACAGUUUAUAGUUUUAUAGCCAAUCUACCUAAAAUAAAAUCCUCUGAUAUUUCUGUACUUA